ACUUGCGUGUAUGUGUGUGUGGGGUGUUUUUUCUUCUCUCUGUCUCUCUCUCUAUAUAUUCCUCAAGUUGAGCAAGAUAGUGAAAUGCUACACUGUCUCCUCUUCUUCAUCACUUCCUUCUCCUUAUUCCUCUUCUCAUUAUUCCUCACUUCAAUAAUGUCGCCCAAAUCCAAGCCUUCCGCCGCCGCAGCGCCGGCGAUGUCGGUGCUGGAGUUGCCGGACCUGGUGCUGGAAUGCAUCCUCGAGAAGCUUCCCCCGGAGGGGCUGUGCAGGAUGGCAAGCGUGUGCACCUCCCUGAGAGACGGCUGCGUGAGCGAUCAUCUCUGGCGGAAGCAUAUGGAGGGGAAAUGGGGUGGGAUUUUUGGGGCUGCUGCGGCGAAUGAAUGGGAGUGUUUUAUAGCUUCAAGAAAAGACCUUUCUUUCUUGAAUGAGUGGAAGUUGCAGAAGGGGGUGGUGGGGUAUUUGUGGGGGUUGAUUAGAUCUGGCUUGAGCGGCGGUGGUGGGAGGAGGAGGACCUCCUUCACGGCCGUUGAUUCGGUUAUGUCCAAGUAUCUUGCUCUUGAGUCUGGAAAGUUCUGGUUUCCUGCUCAAGUUUAUAACCGUGAGGUUUGUGUUGAUUUCUUGGAUUUCUAUCAUAGAGAAGUGUUGAUUGAUCUUGGUGUUGAUGUGUGUGUGCAGAAUGGUCAUGUGGGAUUUAUGUUGUCUUGCUAUGAUGCUAUGUUGAGCUAUGAUAGGAAAACUGACACCUUCAAUGCCAGAUAUCCUGCUCAUGGAGCAAGAGCAAGUGCUAUUGAGAGUGGUGUGACAUGGGAUAGGUUGAGGGCUCCCCUUAUCCACACUUCACCGCACGAUCUUCACAUUUCGGAUUGCUUGCACGACCUCCACCCUGAGGAUCACAUCGAGAUCCAAUGGAGACGAAACAAAGAGUUCCCAUAUGGUUGGUGGUAUGGUGUUAUAGGCCACUUUGAAACUUGCGAUGGGAACACCAGCUACUGCCGGUGUCAUGAUAGUGACACGGUGGUGCUGGAGUUCAGGCAGUACACACUGGGAUCCCAUUGGAGGCAAAAAUUCAUCAACCGGAGAGAGCACAGAGAGGAAGGAAACGAGACGGAUGGGUUUUACGGAGGGAUUCGGAAACUGAGAGGGGAAGAAGAGAUCUCUAUGUGGAAGAAGCUGUGGCCUGCUCAAGUUUUACAGUAAUAAAAUGUUGAAGAAAAGUAGUUACUACAUUAUUUGUUGUAGGUAAAUUAUUUUGAGGUUGUAUCAUUAUUAUAUGAUGCCUCCAUUAUUUCUUAGAUGUAAGGUAAACCCCAAGUGGGAAUAUACAAAUGUAUAAAGUACUAUCAUGUAUCCACUUUUGAUCAUAUAAUUGCAAGUAUACCACUUUUGGAUUCAGUA